AUGCAGCUCCUGGCACCCCUCACCCUCUGCCUGGGCCUCUGGGCAGGGCUCAGCACUGCUGUCAUCCCAGCGGAGGAGGAGAAGCCAUCCUUCUGGAAUAAGCAGGCGGCCGCAGCCAUCGAGGCCUCCUUGAAGAUCCAGCCCAGGAUAAGCCAAGCCAAAAACCUCAUCCUCUUCCUUGGGGAUGGAUUUGGGAUCCCCACCAUCACGGCCACCCGCAUCCUAAAGGGGCAGCAGCAGGGGAAGCUGGGCCCUGAGACCCCCCUCGCCCUCGAUGCUUUCCCCUACGUGGCUCUCUCCAAGACGUACAACGUGGACCGGCAAGUCCCCGACAGUGCGGGGACAGCCACAGCCUACCUCUGCGGGGUGAAGGGCAACUACGAGAUGGUGGGACUGAGUGCAGCCGCCCGCCACUCACAGUGCAACACCACGGCAGGCAACGAGGUGAUCUCGGUGCUGGAGAGAGCCCGCAAAGCCGGGAAGGCGGUGGGCAUCGUGACGACGACACGGGUGCAGCACGCGUCACCCUCGGGGACCUACGCCCACGUGGCGAACCGCAGCUGGUACGCGGAUGCCAGCAUGCCUGCGGAUGCCCUCCACCAGGGCUGCAAGGACAUCGCCUGGCAGCUGGUCCACAACGUCGACAUCAACGUGAUCCUGGGGGGCGGUCGGAAAUACAUGACCCCCGUGGGGACACGAGACCCCGAAUAUCCCACCUACAACACGGAGAACGGGAUGCGCGAGGACGGGAAUAACCUCAUCGACAUGUGGCUGGAGGCACGGCCGGGUGCCCGUUACGUCUGGAACAGGACAGAGAUGCUGGCUGCCGCUGCCGACCCCAGUGUGAAUUAUUUGAUGGGUCUCUUUGAACCCGUGGACAUGAAGUACAACCUGGUGCGUAACACCACCCUGGACCCGUCGCUCACCGAGAUGAUGGAGGCGGCCAUCACCAUCCUGAGCAGGAACCCCAAUGGCUUCUACCUCUUCGUGGAAGGUGGCAGGAUUGACCACGGCCACCACGACGGUGCAGCCCAUAAGGCACUGACAGAGGCGGUGGAAUUCGACCGGGCCAUUGAGCGGGCAGGCACCCUGACAGAUGAGGCACAGACCCUCACCGUCGUCACCGCCGACCACUCGCACGUCUUCUCCUUCGGUGGCUACACACUGCGCGGCUCCUCCAUCUUCGGUCUGGCCCCCAGAAAAGCCACUGACAAGAAGAACUACACAUCCAUCCUCUAUGGGAAUGGGCCGGGCUACCCGGGCACCAGCCGGAAAGAUGUGGACAGUGACACAGCUGGGCAGUACAACUACUUGCAGCGCGCCGUGCCCCUUGAAUCGGAGACCCACGGUGGCGAGGACGUGGCCAUCCUAGCCAAGGGCCCCAUGGCCCACCUUUUCCAUGGGGUGCAGGAGCAGACCUACGUGGCCCACGUCAUGGCCUACGCCGCCUGCCUCGAGCCCUACACUGCCUGCCGCCAGCGGGGCUCUGCUCCUGGUGCCCAUGCCACCCCCCUGGCCCUGCUCCUGCCCACCCUCCUCCUGCCCCUCUUCCACUGA